AUGGAAAACAACAUAAGAGAAGACAUAAAGAAUGAUAAUGGCAUUGAGCUAUCAUAUGGAAAAGCUUGGAGAUGUCGAAAGAAGGCUCUUACAUUGGUUAGGGGGACACUUGAAUCAUCUUAUCAGAAGUUACCAUCGUAUUUUUUCAUGCUUCAACAGAAAAAUCCUAGUACGUUGACAGAAUUUGUCACUGAGGAUGAUCGAUGUUAUGUGCAGUCGCUUUGGAUGCAAAUAACCAUUUGUAUCCAAAUGCAUUUUGGAAUUGUGGAUAGUGAAAAUCAUGAAUCUUGGACAUAUUUCAUGUCAAAGCUAAAGGAAGUGAUUGGGGAAGUUGAUGACCUAGCAUUUGUAUUUGACAGGCAUGCUAAUAUUACACAUGCCUUGGACAUUAUUUUCCCUGAUGCAUAUCAUGGUGCUUGCUACCACCACAUUAGUAUGAAUGUGAUUGCUGAAUUCAAGACUGAUCAUUGUCAUAAAGAGAUGUAUAAUGUGACAUGUGCUUUUAGGAAAUCUGAGUUCCACACUCACUUCAACAAAAUCAAAUCAAAAGACCCACCUAUAGCUCAAUACCUAGAAGGCAUUGGUUUUGAUAAGUGGCCCCAAGCUUACUCUCUUGGAAAAAUGAGAGAAAGUAGCGAGAAGACUACUACAACUCUUGCACUGACAUACGAGAGUGAUUUGGUGGACAUGGCUGAGAAAGAUCGAUUCUUGAUCCCUUAUGCAGUAGAGUUCCAUGUGUUAGAUGAUGAGUUAAAUGGUGAAGUCGACCUCCUGAAUAAGACAUGCACAUGUGAUUACUAUAAAAUUAAGACAUGGAGGUCAUCUUAUAUAGAAACUAUAUACCCUUGUGGUAACAAGAAAGAGUGGAUUGUUCCACAUGACAUCAAGAUAAUGAAAGUGAGAACACCCGCUCAAAAAAAUCUAGUUGGUCGUCCAAAGAAGAAACAAGGUAGGCCGAAGAAGAAGUGCCAUCCUUCCAAUGGAGAAAAAUUGAUUGUAGAACGCAAAUGCAGCACAUGUGGAGGUCGGGGCCAUAAUGGGGCAACUUGUAAAGUUCGAGUUUGA